AUUGCAGCCACCAGCCAUGCUGAAACUUUGAAUGGCUGCCUGCUUUUCCCUCAACCAAGGUACAGGGCCAUCUUUUUUUAUUUAUUGAGUAUAUGUAUGCCUGUGUGUUCUUGUCUGUAUGUGUCUGAGUUUGUAUGUGCUUGUCUGUGUGCCUGUCUGUGUGCCUGUCUGUGUCUGAAUGUAGUCUAUACCUUCUGGGCUUGUCUCUGCGUGCGCCUGUGUCCAUGUGCAUAUGUCUUUGUAUUUCUGUGUAUGUGCCUGCCUGUGUGUGCGUCUGUCCGUCUGUAUGUGUAUCUAUGUGUGUCUGUAAAGAAGUGUGAUUAUACCAAAAGGCGUGUUAAGCAGUGGAAUUGGGGUCAGGGAUGGUGCCUUAGGAAUAAAGUCCACAUUUUUGGGAGCUCUUUUUUUUAUUUUUACCCUAGCAAAGCUUCUUCUCUGCUUAGCCCAUGGGUUGUCCGAUGCAAGUUAUAAUAACUAUACACUUUUUUAGUUGUUUUUCUGUUACUCUAGUAAGAUAGAAUAUUUGGAAGCAAAUGAAUGAAUGCUACCUUUCCAUAAACCAACAAUUAUCAUGCCAAAAAAAUAGAUUUCAACUUGCUUUUCUUUGCAAGCUACGGUUUCAAUUUAUGAAACUGCACACAGACAAAAAUCCCUGCAGCAGCAACAGCAGCGUCUGGAGGAACAUACAAAACCAGUUUUUUUUUUAAUCAGAAAAAUGUGCAUGUUUCAAAGUGGGGAGGGGGUGGGGUGUACUCAAGCUCUGAUUUCACUCAGAUCUUAAAAUCAUUUGUAACAUUAUGAACUGACGUUUUAAAGGGAUCACAUGGCCAAGCUCAUCUGGGGUUUCUGAAUGUUGAAUUUUCUAUGGACGUUUUGAUUUCCCCCCCUAGAGGACACACAAGAAAUUUUAUGCAGAAAAAAAUAAAUCAAAACAUCCAGACAGGUUAGUCUAUAAUAGGUGGCUCUGCAAUUGAUAUAGGGUGAGUUGGAGCUGGGCAUGAAAAGUUUGAAAGGGACAGAAGAGAGAAUUGAAAACUCUUAUACAUCAAGAUGCCCAGUGCAUUAAAAACAAUUGUAUCUGAGUCUGAGCUGCACACAGCUGUAAACUGAUCCUUGCUGUGUUUUGUCAGGAAUUUGUAGUUAAUUCACUGAGUGUCAGCCUUUGCCCAUAGCUAAAGCUUCAACAUCACACAGCCUCAACCAAGGGUUCGCUGUUAACCACAAGCAUCUUCCUAUCCCAUACAGCUUGCAAGCUCUGCAUUCCCAGCAGAAGGAUGGCGUGAAGAGUAAUGGAAAAAAUCCACAGUGAAUGACCUGGAGCACAAAGAGACCAAGAUCCUGGAACCUUUUGUUUCUUUUUAGUUGAAAGCUUGCUAUUAAAGAAAUUUAUAUUUUUUUUAAGUCUUUGAAUUGUUUUUAAUGUUUUUUAAAAAGAAAAGGAAAUAAAAACAAAGUCGUUCAUAGAAAGUUGGAAGGUUCUCCACCAUCUCCUCAAGGUUCAGUGCUGGAAGACGUCUUGUUAUCUUGGGAGUUACUUUUUUCUGAGAUUUAAUAUUGGCAGGGAUUUUGAGGUCUGGAAUCAUUUUUUAAGCUUUUUUAAUCUUGGCUGGUCCUUGGCUACUCGCAGAUUUCUUUGGAUGGGCUAACAGAAGCAGUCGAUAGCUAUUCAGAAGAUAUUAAGAAGAGUACGUAUUUUUGGCAUUGGUUGGUUCACUGUUUAAGAUGUUGGUCUCUGGCUUUAUCUUUCUGGCUGGCGUGGUUGGUCUUCUAAAAGGAUGCCAGUUGCCCCAAGACUGGAGACCACAAACAGAAGCUUGCAGGGCAGAACUGGUGGAAACUAUAAUGUUUGCCAAAGUACUAGCAAUUCACAAGGACAGUUACAGUGUGUACAACUACUUGCCCUGGCAAUAUGACUCGGACCUCUUCUACUCUGCGGAAAUUGAGCUGGUCUGCGACCAAGGCUGGGGGAGCAUGCUUGAGGUUCCUGCUGGUUCCAGGCUUAAUAUAACAGGACUGGGCUAUUUUCCCUGCCACUCGUACACUGUGAUGGAAAAUAAUUCCUAUUACUUCUUUUUAAGGUAACCACUAACCCAUUCCAAAAAUAUAUUUAAUGUAUGGCUUAUGGGGAUUCAUUUAUUACACCAUAUUAACUGUAUGCUGAGAGAGUCACAUAAAAGUUCUAUGUGCGCUUUUGUCCCUUACAGUUAUCUGUCCCAAAAUGCUUUGCUCUUGAGACAGAUUACAGAGGAUGCUACAAAAGGCUCUGAUGGAACUUCCAUGUGGCCACGUCAAAAUACACAUGACAAUUAUUUGAUUCCUUUUUUUCCCCACAAUCUUUUUCGACUAGCAAAUAAUAAUAAUAACAAAGUAUUUACCCAGGGAAGGUACAUUUCCAUUCACUCUGGUUUUCAAGUACGUCCUGGGGAUGUUACCUUAGCCCUACAUUCAGGGGUUGUUACAAAUGUAAAAAUACAACUAAUAAUUCUAUCAUAUGACUCAGGAUUACUCCAGAGCUACUUCUAAUGUGUUCCCCCCCCAGCAUUGAAACAGUUAAAGUUAAAUUUACCAUUUGGCUUCUUCUAUUGCACUGCUUCCCCACAGAAUGAAUUUCAGUGCAUGCCUGCCCUAUUAAACUGCUUUUGUGCUGGUGUGAAUAUUUUAAAAACAUUAAAUUAGUAGUUAGAGUAGGUUCGUGAAGGAUCUUGUAUAUUCCUGCAUUCAAUUAACCAACCUAAUCUUCACCAUACAACCAACUGUAAUUACAUAUGGUACAAGCUUGGCGACCCAUUCUUUAAUUAUAAAUCCCAGGGGGCCAUUCAUCAUAUGUUCAGCAAAACCCCUUUAUUAGACUGCUGCCAGUGUUGUAUUGGGUUUCCGAAGCAUAGCAGAAGGCAGAGCAGCUACAUUAACUUUGCUAUUGGGCAAUUGCUUGGCACCUUAUCAAUAUGAUGAACCCCUUUCAGUCGUAGGGGAUCCAACUCAGAAUCCCAACCCAGAAUUUAAAUCGGAACAGUCACUUUGUGGGUCUUUGAAGAAGUUGUAAAGACCCCCACUACUUCCCAAUGGUACAUGGCUGCUGGUAUUGGGAGUGGGAAAAAGUAAAUGGGAGACAUUCUUACCGGAAGCUCUUCCAUUCAGUGUCCUUUUUCAGGUGUGAAUGAAUACAAAACAGAGAAUUACGGAACAAAAUGUGAGAAUGAAGAAGGUGCCUUGAACAGAAGCUCUGCCUUUUGUCAGUUUUACAAUGGCCAUAAGAGUAGUCCCUACUUUACCUUAUAUUUUUGCAUUGGAAUUUCAAUGUAUUAACCUCCCAUUGGAUUAAACAGUCACAACAUAUCUUUAUUGAACUGGUGGCCCCUGCUUUAGCACCAAUGACGGCUACCAAAUUUGUCUUGAACCAGCUGAUCAAUCCUUCUUGUGAUUGGGGAUAUUUUAGUUUAUUCUCCUACAAAGAAAUUGAUUAAAGGUCAUUUUGACCUCUAGGAAAUCAGUUGUUGGCUGUAGUUUCAACUCUACGGCUUUCUUAUUCUUCUUCUUAUCUUUCUUGGGUCUUUCGGGUCAAACUUGUGCUGAACUUUCUCAUUUUCUGCCUGAUGACAAAGAAUCUAAUAAAAAUUAUUUAAAUGGGUACUCCAGAUCCCUAAAGCAAUUUGAUUUGCUGAAGUGCUUUAUGUGUGAAGAGUGGUUCACUUAUUUUACAGAAAGUGUAGAUUUCAGCACUUUUAUAAAUUAACCUUGUUACACUCCCCCAGCUGUCAAUCAGACAACAGUCUGGUUACUUCCUGGUUUGGUUAGCUCAGUGGAGAUAAAUUCCAGAGGCAGAAAAUUGGUCAAAGCACCUGCCUUGAAAAGACUUUUCAUUAAGUUGCAUUGGAAAGUAUGUGAUUGGACAGCCACAGAACGUCUGGGCUGGGAAGAAGGGGAGGGCUUGCAAUGGCUUCUGACAAGAGAUCUGCAGGUUUUACAAGUCGAUUUUAGAUAUACCCCCAGUGAAAAAAUACAUAAUUAAAUGCAUGCAUUUCUUCUUUGGCUAUAUCUUCUAAACAGUGAUUCUUUUCGGCAAUGGAGUGUUCCUUUUCAGCAAUGAAUGUUAAUUUCAGGUUAUGCUACAUUCAGCUUCAUUUGACCAAUCUACAGCACAAACUUUAGCCUGCUUCAGCCAUUUGGUGUAGAUUUAAUUAUAUGUUUUUAUAGUUUUGUUUUAUUAAAGCUUAAUGAAGUGGUCUUGGUGUCUGGUCCAGCUAGGGUUAACCCUUUUUUUUGUAAACAUAUCAGUUUCAGUUUCAGAGAAACUGCUAUGUUUAUAAAUAGGUUAAUCCAGCCUCUAGUGGCUGUCUCUUGACAGCUGCUAGAGGCGCUUGCGUGCUUCUCACUGUGAAAAUCACAGCGAGAAGACGCCAGCGUCCAUAGGAAAGCAUUGUGAAUGCUUUCCUAUGAGACAGGCUGAAUGCGCGCGCAGCUCUUGCCGCGCAUGCGCAUUCAGCCGAGGAGGAGAAGAGGAGGCUGAGAGGAGGAGGAGAGCUCCCUGCCCGGCGCUGGAGAAAGAGGUAAGUUUAACCCCUUCCUCUCCCCGAGUAUGUUUUCCUGGCACUAUAGUGGUCCUUUAAUCUGCUCUGCCCUUAUUCUGUUUUUAUUUUGAUGUGUUUUUUUUGUGGCUUUAACCCAGCAUCUCUUGACACAAACUGGAUGAAGAUACACCCAUAACAGUUCAGUAUUCCAUGGGAAGGUGGUUCACAAAGUUAAACUGGAGGCUCCUGGGAGAUUGAUGUGCAAACUUUGCCAUAUGGACGUAUGUCAUCUCCUAGACAUGCUCAAUGUUCUCCAUAUUUUAUGUUUUGACUUUAUUGUUAUUAUUGGUAUUUUUAUAGUGCCAACAUAUUCGGUAGUGCUUUAAGAUAUUAUAAGAGGGGAAGAUUUAACAAUAAAUGAGACAUUUACAAAAUGUUACAGGAGCAAUAGGUUGAUGCAAAUCCUGCUCAAACAAGCUUACAAUCUAGAGAUGUGGGUUUACUUAUGAAUAUACAUAUUUGUAAAUGUAAAUAACCCCAAAUGUAUGGAUUAGUGAACAUUCCCUCUACUUAUGGGGAGCUUCCAAUCAGUCGUUCAUAGAAUGUGCCCUCAUUAAGUCUUAUAAGUUUGCAUGUGUUAUUUUGGAUGUUUUUGAAAGUUGACUCACCCAUAUCGCAGUACCCUUUUAUGUAUAGUUUGGGCUUUUGUUUUUUGCUUUUAAAAUUGAAAACUUGUUUUUUUGUUAAAUUCUUUAUUUUGAGUCGUGACACGUAACAACGUGCAGUUGGUAUUACAAUGGUAUGGCUUGCGCAGAAGCCUACAUUGGCAUAGUAAGACAGUUAUAUGGUUGGACAACAUUGCGGUUUACGCAGAAGCUAAUGUUGACGUGUUGUUGCAGGCUUGUAUUUUAAAUUGCAGGUAUGAUCAUGUUCUGUCACUUUUUUGUAAAAUAUGUAUUUUGGUCGUGACAAAGAAUGGUACUCAAUUGAUUCAACUUUGUGGGGGCUUACGCAGAAGCCAGCAUUUGCAUUUUCAAUACAAGAUUUCGUGUUUACAUGUUUACAGUGUUACAGUUUACGCAAAAGCCUUUGUUAACAUUGUAUUACUGUGGCGGUUCGUGCGGUCUCUUCAAUUUCAUGUACUGUCACUUUUCAAUUUUAUAACUUCACUAAAACAUUAAAAUCAAGCAAGAAGAAAGAGAAGAAAAAUAAAGGUAUAAAAUGAGGAUAACGGAGUGGGGGGAUGUGAGAUUCUCCCUGUGGGUGGUGUUGUUUGUGGUGAAGGGCCGUGUUCGCUGGUAAGGAGAUUUGUAGUGUGAUCAUGCCAUUGGCCCGCGGUCGCCGAGCGUAGCACAAGUGUUUGCGUACUUGCCCUUUGCAGGCAAUCUUAGUUUACCCUAUGCCCUUUGGAGUAGGUGUGUCGAGGAUAAUUCCUGUUCGUUGCAAAGGGCAGUGCAGUGGUAUUUAGCGAUAGAGCACUGGUACGAGGGGAGGGGGUAUAAGGUGGUGGUGGUGGGGGGAAAUGGGUGGGACCCGCUGUCGGGAGAAGUCAGGAGUCUGUGAAAGAGGGGUAGCCACUAUCCCCCUGAGGGGGUGUGGAGUACGGGCUCAGGGGUCAAUAUAGUCUUGGUUCCCAGACCUUGAGAAAGUGUGUGUAUGUGUCUCGUACCUGCGCCGUGAGUUUGUCCAUGAGGAAGGCUUCUUUAAUGUUGCCUAUUACUCUGUCUAUGUGUGAAUCUGAAGCCAUGUUUGCGCCAAAGCGCGUCUGGCUGCCAGGUUAAUUUUGUUCACCAGUUUCUGUUCUCUGUUAGGAAGGUUGUCAAUCGGUUUGGCUAGUAGGCAACUCCAGGGGUCUGGCUGUAUUGGUUUUUUGAAUAUACCCCCACAGCCUCUCCAGCACACAUCUGAGGGUGUUCUACCCAUUCUAGUUUUACGGGGGUGGUGUACCACCUCAUCAGUGUUUUAUAACAUUGUUCUUGGUGAAUGACACAAAUUGAGGACUUGGCAGCUGCCUCCCAUAUGUCUUGCCAAUCCCCGCUAUCUAGAGUUAGUUGGAGUUCAGCUUCCCACUGCAAUAUGUAAGAGGGUGUUUGGGAUUCUUUCGUGGGUGCGCUUAGUUACUCAUAUAAGCGAGUGAUGAGGCCGGCAUGCGGUCCGUCGGACAAACAUAACGCUUCAUAAAAUGUGGGCUUUGCUCUGGCCACUGCUGCUAUGUCGGGUUUCUUAGCAAAAUCUCGAAGUUGGAGAUAUCGAAAGUAAUAUUUGUUAGUUAGAGGGGCCCUGGUUUUUAGGUUAUCAAAGGUGUGAAAUAUACCAUCCAGAAACAGGUGGCAGUAGCGCUGUGCUCCCGUGCUCUCAAGGCCUCGGAAGUCCGUAGGGGUCAUGCCUGGUAGAAAGGCUUUAUUUCGGAGGUAAGGUGUCAGUGGUGAGAGAGGGUGUGUGAGGGCGUAUUUGUGUGCUGUGGCGUUCCAGAUCCGAAUUGAAUUUAGGAUGGCAGGGCAGGAGGUGCGGAGCUCUGGGCGGUCGGGUCUCGGAACCCAUAUCCAGUACUGGGGUAGGUCGAUGCACAUAAGAUAUGUUUCUAGGUCAACCCACCUGUGUGUGUCUGGUGGUGAGUGCCAUUCUAUUAUUUGUGCUAGGUGGGCUGCCAAGUAGUAGAGGUAUAGGUUCGGGAGCCCUAGGUCCCCUCUGUUCUUUUCUGUUCUUUGGGGUAUACAGUGUGUGUUUUGCUAUUCUGUGCCUCUUCCCAGCCAAGAUGAAAUUGUCUAUUGCAGUUUGUAAAGGUUUAAGAUCUGCUACGGGUAACGCCUGGAAGAUGAAGAGGAGGCGCGGGAGGAGGUUCAUUUUAAUGGCAUCCAGCCGUCCUAUACAUGAAAUAGGCUUGUCAUGCCAUCUGUCUAGGUCCCUAUGUAGGGCUGUAAUUAGCCGUUGGUGGUUUUCUGUGUAUAGGUCCGUGGAGGUUUGUGUGAGCUUAACACCUAAGCAGUGGCGUACAUACCAGGGUCGCAGGGGUCGCGGCUGCGACCGGGCCCGGCCCUCUAGGGGGCCCGGCCGCCCCUGCGACCCGGUAUGUACCCACAGGGCCAGCCUCUUCCCCUGGGGGGCCCAGGAGCCGACCACCCCAGGGUCCCCCGAGGCUGGCCCUGCUGACACCCGGAAGGCGGGUGGCCGGUCGGGCAGGCGGGCGCGCGAGGGAGCACUCAGUGCUUCCUCUUCAGCUCCCUCGCGCACCGCACUGAUACCGGAGCCGGAAGAUGACUGAGUGCUCCCUCGCGCGCCUGCUUGCCUUCCCGACCGGCCACCCGCCCAGGAGCCCAGCAGCACCACUGGACCCCAGGGAAUCCCCCCAGCACUCCAAAAGGUAAGGAGGCUGGGGGGAUUACAUUUAAAAAAAAAUGUGUUAGUGUUUGAGUGUGUGUGAGUGUUAGUGUGUGUGUCUGCUAGUGAGUGUUAGUGUGAGUGUUAGAGUGAGUGUCUGCUAGUGAGUUUUAGUGUGUGUGAGUGUUAGUGUGUGUGAGUGUUAGAGUGAGUGUUAGUGUGUGUGUCUGCUAGUGAGUGUCAGUGAGUGUGUUACUGUGUGUGUCUUACUGAGUGUGUGUGUUAGGUAGUCUGUUUGAUGUCUGUUAGUGAGUGUGUGUUUGUCAAUGAGAGUGUAUGUUUUGUAAGUGAGUGUGUAUGUAUGUCUGUCGCUGAGUGUGUCUCUGUCAGUAAAUGUGUGUGUCUGUUAGCUAGUGUGUAUGUGUCUGUAAGUGUGUGUGUGUGUGUCUUCAGCACUUACCUUUCUCCAGUGCCGGACUCCCUUGUGACCACGCACGCAUUCAAACAGCCCAUAGGAAAGCAUUACUCAAUGCUCACCUCCUCCGAUCCUCCUCUUCUCCUCCCCGUCGGCUGUAUGCGCACGCGCGGCAAGAGCUGCGCACGCAUUCAGCCGGUCACAUAGGAAAGCAUUCAUAAUGCUUUCCUAUGGACGCUGGCGUGCUCUCACUGUGAAAAUCACAGUGAGAAGCACGCAAGCGCCUCUAGCGGCUGUCAAUGAGAAAGCCGCUAGAGGAAAUAGGGGAAGGCUUAACCCAUUCAUAAACAUAGCAGUUUCUCUGAAACUGCUAUGUUUAUGAAAAAUGGGUUAACCCUAGCUGGACCUGGCACCCAGACCACUUCAUUAAGCUGAAGUGGUCUGGGUGCCUAGAGUGGUCCUUUAAGUGUGUGUGCAUCUGCAUGCACUGGUGUACAUACCGCGGUCGCAGCCCUGUAACCCCUGCGACCAGGUGCCCACCACCAUGUGUUGGGGGGCCCACGGAUCAAUUUUCGCACCGGGGCCCCAUGGGUCAUGUGUACGCCACUGCACCUAAGUAUUUGAUAGGUUGUGUGCUAAUUUUUAAGGCUGUUGUACGUUGCAGCCAUUGGAUGUCUGUGUCUGAGAGCCCUAUUGGCAUACCAACUGAUUUGUCUAUGUUGAUUCUGUAUCCAGAUACCUGUUGAUACGUGUCUAGAAUAUUGAGAAUAUGAGGAAUAGUUUCUCUCGGGUCUGUAAUGGUAAGUAAGAUAUCAUCAGUAUAUGCCGAAAUUUUAAAUUCUUCGGUUGCAACCUGUACUCCCUUGAUCCCACGGUCUGUCCUUAAUAGAUGCAAUAGGGGUUCCAAUGCCAGAAUGCCAGAAUAAAAAGGAGGGGGGAGAGGGGACACCCUUGGCGGGUACCGUUUCUCAGUUCAAAAGGAACCGGCCGUGACCCUGGGAUUAACAUUUGCGCUCUUGGGGUGGUAUAUAGAGCUUGGGUCGCCCUUGUGAACAUGGCGGGAAGGUGCAUUUCCUCUAGGAGAGCAAACACGUAGGGCCAUUGAAUUCUAUCGAAGGCCUUCUCCGCGUCCAGAGAUAGGACCAGAGAAAGCAUUCGCUUCUUGUGGGCCCACCAUAUUAUGUCUACUGCUCGUCUCGUGUUUCCGUAGAGUUGUCUGUUAGAGACAAAGCCCACUUGAUCUGCAUGGACAAGUUUAGGGAGGAUGAGAUUGAAUCUAGUGGCCAGGAUCUUUGCAUACACUUUAAGAUCAAAGAUGAUGAGGGAAAUGGGGCGAUAGUUUGCCACAUUAGUGUUAGCUCUGUCAGGCUUGGGAAUCAGGACUACGUCUGCUGUGGAGAGGUCAACGUUGGGUGAGUCAUUGUCUGUCCAGGUCUUGUACAUCGCGGCUAGAUGGGGGAUCAUUUGUUCCCUGAAGGUUUUGUAGUAGGAGCCAUCAAACCCAUCUGGGCCUUGGGCUUUACCCCCCCCUAAGGGCCGUGAUUGCUCUAUUUCGUAGUUUUUUAUGGGUGCCCCUAAGGGCGCAGUUGUGUGCGCUGGGAGUAGCGGUAUUUUAGCUUUCCGCAAGAAAUCCGCGAUUUGGUCCAUGUGUGUUUUAUUUGCUGUCGUAAGUGUCGGGGAGUGGUUGUACACUUGGGCAUAAAAUUUUGUGAAUUCGUCGUUUAUGUCCCUAGGACUAUUAAGAAUUCGCCCCUGUGUGUCUUUGAUGGCGAUGAUAUUGGAUGUUGUGCGUUUGGGUCUAAGGGCCCGAGCUAGCAGUGUAUCCAUUUUAUUGGAUUUUUCGUAAAAGAAGCAUUUGGUGCGGACCAUAUCUCUGCUGACAUCGUCUAACAUGAGCUCUCUAAGUUGUCGCCUUAUGUCCGUCAGUUCUCUAGUGAUGCGUGGGGUGGCUCUUUGCUUAUUUUGCAUUUCGGCCCUCCGCAAGAGUCUCUGUAACUCUGAUAGCUUUUCGAGUUUUUUCUUUUUUAAGUGUGUGGUCAUCUUAAUGAGCAGUCCCCUAAUCACGGGUUUAUGAGCUGCCCAUAGUGUAGUGGGAGAUACGUCCGGGGUGUCAUUUUCUUGAAUGUAACGUGUGAUUUCUGCUUGGAUUGCCUCCCUUGUCUGGGGGUGUCUGAGUACCGAGGCGUUUAGUCUCCAUUUCCAUGGGGCGUGUGGGCCUGGUAGCUUAAGAGUUAUGGCAAUGUCAGCAUGUUCGGACCAUGAAAUGAGGUUCAGGUCAGAGGUUUUUAUCCAUGACAAGGCCAGCGGGUUAACAAGGAACAUGUCUAUGUGGGAAUAAGUAGUAUGUUCUGCCGAAUAGAAAGUGUAGUCCCGCACACUCGGGUGUUGGAUGCUCCAUGGGUCCAGUAAGCCCGUGUGGUUGAGGAAGGUGCUCAGGAGUUUAUCUUGUCCUCCUUUAUUCUGGGACCUGGGUAGGCAAAGGCCUCCUCCUAUGUCUAUCGCCGGGCAUGGCAUGGCAUUUAGGUCUCCCCCUAAUAUCAAAAUUCUCCUGGGAAGGCCUUGGAUCAGCGUUUCCAGUUCGGUCCAGAAUUCCCUGCAGGGAACAUUGGGUGCAUAUACAUUAAUCAGGUGGUAUGUAUUAGAGUGAAGCGUGCCCGUCAGGACCACGUACCCACCUUCUCUGUCCUCAUAGGUUUGGGUUAUAGUGAGCGGGCAAUUUUUAUGGAUUAGUAUUUCAACCCCAUUCCUCUUACACAGUGCCCGUGAAGCAUACGCCCUGGUGUAUACAUGGUUUGUGAGUUGUGUCCCUGAGGUGCGUGGGAGGUGGGUUUCCUAAAUGUAUGCUAUAUCGGUUUCCUGCCAUCUGAGUUCGCGGAAAAGGAGCCUACGUUUGUUUGGGCUGUUAAGCCCGUUUCCGUUCAGAGACAUUAGUGUAAGCUCCAUUCUGCGAGGUGGUGUCGUGAUAUAGAAUACCUGGUUACGUGGGUGUGACUUGUCCGUGUGCGCUUCUAGUGUGGUUUGGGUGGUAGUGUCGUCUCCCGCAGCAGGUCCAGGAGGGGCGUACAGGGUUGGGAGGGGGAUGGGAGAGGUACAGGGUAGAGGGUAAGGAAGAAGAGUAGGAAAAGGUCGGCCGCGUAGGUUAUUAGGCCGAAACUAGUAGAGACAAACAAGAGAGACAAAAAAAAAAUAUGUUAGUGUUUCGUGGGUAAGACAGCGCUGAUACUAGCUGAAACAAAGGUUCGCUGUCGUAUUGUAAGUAGCACAGGCUAUAGUAGCGUACAGAAGAACAAUUGUUUUAAAAACACUCUUUUUGGCAAGUGCGGUGAAUUAUACGUAACGUUAUAACAAAACAACAAUAUACAACUCUGUUCCGGGUCUUAUACCGUGCCAGGAGCUCUGGGGGUGGGCCAUCUCCGCAUUGAGGGGUCUCCUCAAACGGGGGGGAAACACAGCCGAAGAGCACCCCGGCAAUGCUCAAUUGGAGCAGAAAGUUGGAGCACAAACCCCAACCCCUCGAGCCCGUUUCGCGAGGAGGGGGUGCCCCAGUGGGCUGCGUCAGGGUGUCCCAGCUGUACAGUGGGGUUUGGGCGGCGCUGUAGUUGCCCAGCACGCGAUCCCACAGAAGGAAAUGGCCGCCAGGGAGGCUGCGUGUUUGGGAUGCCCUGGCCUUCCCGCCGCACCAGCCAUAUUAGGCUUGGCCGUAUGGUUGGUUACAGUGUGUGCAUCUGUAGUUAUUUUGUCUCCCCCACCCCAAAGUGUCCCAAUAAACACAGUACCUCCCCAUUUCCCCCCACCCCUCCCAACAGCAAUCCGUGCGAUACCCCCAACUUCCCCUCCGGUGCUGGAGGUGAACAUGUUAGUGGCUAUUAUCAUAUCAUGUUAUAUGGUACCAUCAUAUUAUCAGUGACUUUUCUCAUCUUAUCAUACUAUAUUAUACUAGACUAUCAUAUUAUCAUAUUAUCAGUGACUACAUUGCAAUGAGAUCAAGGCAUUGUGGUGCUCAUUUGUAUACUUAUGUGGCUUCAAAACGUUCAACAGCCUGCAUGGGCCCGCGUGUGAACUGUAUCCGAGCCUUCGUGCAUGCACUGUCCCAGAGUCCCUGCUUGGGAACGUGGGGUCUGGAAAUCCACUGGCAGGUCCAAACCCAGGUCUUUAAGAAAUGUGGGUAUGUCCGUCGUCGGGAGUAACACCGAGGGCUUGGCGCAAUCCGUUGUUCCUCAAUAAAUCUGUGACCGGCUUCCACUCAUUUCUCCGAAGGAGUGUGGCUGGUGCCACGUCUUGGUAUAUCUGGAUGCCAGUCCCUUCAUGGUCGUAGGCUGUCAUCCUGCUGUGGCGCAUUAUGGCCUCCAUAGUCGUGUAAUAGUGCCACUUCAUGAUUACAUUGCAGGGGGGGCUAUUCUUCGGCCCUCUGGCCCGCAGGGCUCUAUGUACCCUGCCCACCAUCCACAGAUGUUCAGGGAUAUCUGGGAGGCUUUUUUUAAAACAGGCGACUAGAGUCCCUUCUAGGUCCGCUUCCUCGACCAAUUCCGGUAGGCCGCGGAUGCGCAGAUUAUUUCUCCUUGAGCGGUUGGAGACGUCCUCGAGCUCCAAUUCCAGAUCUGUUACCCUGGUGAGAAGUGAAUUUGUGAGGGUGACUGCUUGAUUAUGAGCCUGCACCACGUUGCCCAGUUGUAGCUCAAUCCGGGUUGUACGGACCCCUAUGGCGGCAUUUUCCGCUUUAACUUCCGUGGCUGAUCUUUUGAUUUCUUCGGCCAGGUAGCCUUUGACAUCUGCAAGGGAUUGCAGAAUAGUGCUGGAAGAUGCCUCCGGUGGGGAGUCUUGUGUCCGGAGGCGGUCUGCGAGGUGAGUUGUGAUGGGGCUCGUGUUCGUGGGCGCACCACGUGCAGCAGGUCUCUGGGCCGCAAACAUGUCUACCACUGAUGGUGCUUCGUUGGUGCCUCGUUUCUUGGGUGGUCUGCGGCUUGACAUCCGGCUGCAGUAAAGGGGGUGAUCGGGGCAAGAUUUGCGGCUCCGAGGUCGGGGCUGUAGCUGAUUAAACUGCUUUGAGUGCCGGGGUGCGGAACACUCGCUCUAUGCGGCCAUCUUCGUUGGCGUCCAAACCAUGCCCCCGAAAACUUUUUUAAGCAUUUUGUCAUACUCACAUUGUCACAUGACACACUUUUUUUUAUUUUUUAUUAUACUAUAUAUUAUACAGACAACUUUCACCAUGAACCUUGACAGUUUUGUGGUGUAAAUAGUGAUACAUAGUGACAUAAAAACUUAACUACAAACAAACUGAGCUAAAUUCUCCCUGGGAUGGUCUGUCCCUCCACGUAGAAAUCCUUGUAAGAAAACUUAUGAAUGAGAAUGCAUAAAUUUCUCACUUCCAGUAAAACAUACUUUUAUUCAACCUUGUAGGGCUACUAAAAUCAGCAAACGCAGAAAUAUGGAAAAAAUGAAAAAUCCAUCUACAGCAGUUGUGGCAAAGCAAAAAUAAAGUCUAUACUUUCCAUUUACUCUUCACAUUCUGUAUUUUUGAAGUUGUGGAUUUUAGUAGGCUUACGGGGGAGAAUAAAAGGUUGUUUUUAAAUUCACAUGCCGUCAUUCAUAAGUUUAAAUACUGAGCAGAGGGGUGUGACCUUAAACAUAGAGACUGACACUCGUAAGGAGGGACACUUGGGAGGUAUGCAGAAGAAUCUCACCGCCUGCACUAUAAUUUUACCCAGCAGUAACAUUUGGUGCAGGAUCAUUUUAUCUCCAUUAAUCAAUGGGUCUGUAGAACCAGGAGUGGGCAAUAUAAACACUGAAAGACAUCCUGGCCCUUCUCACACUCAGUACGCUUAUACAGUAUGAUCAUGGCUUCUGAGUGCUGACACACCAGCUUGUCCUGUUACACAAAUCAAUGAAUGGACAAAGCUAAAUUAUGUCAGCAUUUGUUUCAUAUUGUUAAUCUUUCCAGGACUCAGCUGUGCAAAAUAGGUUAUAGGAAAAAGAGCGGAAUCCGCUUAGACAUAACCACAAUAAGCAGAAUGGCAGGAGCCUUGUGUCCAGUUUUAGAAGACAUGUCUCCUGGGAGUUAUUCACUGAUUGAGAUAACUCUGAAAGAAUCCAAGACCCCACAGGGAGAUAAACAGUCCCCUUCUCAUCUUAUGACAUGUUAAGUUGCUUUAUAAUGCAGUCUGCCUGUAAAACCAGUGACAUCUCUUUUCCACAGGUCUCUGUAUUUUACAGCUUGACAGUAGUAAAGAUUCGUAUCUAUUUAUAGAGCUUGCAAUUACUUUACCUCCCUAACGCUGCAGUGACUAACAUUGAGCCUAGAACAAACCACAUUACUGCUGGUAUAAUAUUAUGUUUUUAAUCAACUGUGAUCCGUAAGACACCCUUCAUGAGCUGAGCCCUAUGUUAAUCAUACUUUACAUUUUGCCAAUUAGGGGGGCAUUGGACAUUAUAGUCAGGGGAGGACUAACAUUAGGAUAGGGUUAUCAAGAGGCCUUUGCCCUUUAGGCCAAUAGCCUAAUUGGUUUGGAGGCACUGUUCUGUGGUGCCCAAUUGGGAUCCUUGUAAGAACCACACCUGUUCAAUGAUGGAUUUUUUUGUUUUGUUUAUUUUUACUAUUGUAAUCUUUGAUUCCAUGUUUAUGUUUUAUGUUAUGCUUUAUUGCAGACACUCUGCAUUAAGUGCCCACUUGGUAGGUGUAGAUUUGUUACUCGCUUUCUUUAUUGCUAGUCCUUGCCUCUCGCUUGGUCUGGAGGUAUACGGGGUUAGUAGGAGUGUGUGUGUAAAUGAGUGAGAACAGGGGUAUGUAAGAGAGUUGGCGAGCAGAGGAGGUGGAGAGGGCCCGGGGGGAGUCAAUGUGGGUUUGCUUGUGGAUUCUUCACUAAAAUAGUUUCUGGCACUAUAGCUAUGCAGUGCUGUGCCCAGGCAGAGUCACUAAUAGGCUGUGAUGCUCAGCAGAGCGGCUCAUAGGUUGUCGCAGAAACUAGACACAUACUUAAUAAUGCCCGAAUCUCGUUAAUUGUCUUUGAAUAGGGUAAGGGGGGGAGAUUAGCCCCAAGAGUAUGGAAGAGAGCAGGAGUUAAUGCAUGUGUGCGUGAAGGGCUCGUCAGAUGUAGGCAGUGGUUUUUCUAUACACCCAUUAAAGUGAGGAUUAUUACUGAAACUUGCAAUAUAUCAAUAAGUUGGCUGAUUUAUGAUCUUUAUUAUUUACAAAACAUGUUAUAACUUUGUCUAUAUUGAAUAUUUCUGUUUGAUUCCACAUCACCAAUGAAGAAUUUAAAAAAACUAAACUGGAGAUGUGAUGGGAUAUCUGUUGACAGAGUACUCCAGGUGGGAAUUAUGCAGGGCCUCAGCUAGUCCACCAGUGCAUGGGUCAGUGGCUUAAAAUGUCAACGGUCUCCAGGUUGUGGCUGACCCACUGGAAUAUUUCCUAAGAUAUGGGAUAUUCGAGUUAUGUAUCUAAAAAGCCCAUUCAUUUAUACCAAACGUUACCAGUCUUCACAGUUACAGUUAGCACCAGGCUAAAGAAAAAUACAUAGAAUUUGGGAUGAAUCUUCCUAAAAACAAUUAAAUAAAUAAAUAAAACCAUGAGAAAGCCCUCAGAUGACCUUGAUCUCCAUGAAUGUCUGGCUUCUAGGCAGCAGACGGAUGGGCAUUCUAUCCGGAGGGAAACAAAUCAUUAGAGCAAUUCUUGUAUUAUCUAACUCACUCUACAAGCCAGUAGGAUGGGAUGAGAUCAUAAAACUUUAGCUGUACAAAUGUAAUGGACUAUAUCCAGUAAAGACUCUGUUUGACAGGCUGAGUAUCUAUUAAUCCCACAGGAAGUGCUGUGUUAAGACUCUGGCAGACUGAGUUUUACUUGUUGGGAUCUGGUAUCAAUUUAAAAGAAAUCCAUCAUAUACAUUGUGAGCAAUGUGAUUUAUAUUAGGUAGCAAUUUGUUAGCGUGAUGUCCUGUCUCAUACAACUUCCAAUUAAUAUAUUAUCAAUGGCUCUUCUAGUGUUUUACAAGACCCUAUCUCACCCUAUCUGUGCCACACUUUAACACAUUUAAAAGAUAACUAACUACCAUAACAACUAGGGAUCGACCGAUUAUCGUUUUUACCAAUAUUAUUGGCCGAUAUUCUGUAUUUUCGGCGAUAUCGUUAUCGGCAAAUAGACAUACCGAUAUUGCCGAUAAUAUAGACCAGUACCGCCGGGCCCAUGACAAGCCCAGCGGUCCUGGGUGGCCCGCAGCAAGCUCUUACUUACCUUCCCAGCAGCUCCCUUCAUCUUCUGUCUAAAUCUCGUGAGAGAUUCAGGGGAGCUGAAGGGAGCUGCUGGGAAGGUAAGUAACAGCUUGCUGCGGGCCCCCAAUGCACAGUCCAUGCCACCGGACCACCAGGGAAUGCUAUGUCCCCCCUUCCCUGGCCAGGUAACAAGCAGGGAUGGGGGACUAAAAAAAUAAAUAAAUAAUAAUUAAAUAUUUAGAAAUUAAAUUAAAAAUGCCCCCCCCCCCCCCAUUUUAUACAAAUUACAUCCCUUCAGAAACACACACUCUGCAUUAAAAUACACACACACUACACAAACAUACACACACUCUGCAUUCAUUACAUACACACACUACACAAACACACUGCAUUCACUACAUUUGGCAUGUAUAUUUUGUGCAUUUACCUUUAGAAAUAGUUUAUUUUUUCAAAAUGGUAAAUGUACAGAAUAUCGGCAAAUUAUCGUCUAUCUGUCUGAAAGUUCACAGAUUAUCAGUAUCAGCUCUAAAAAAAUCAAUAUCGGUCGAUCCCUGAUAACAACAAGUGAGAAUGGCUUGUUACCUGGGCGAUUUGUAAAAAUUGCUUAAAUUUAGAGAAUGCUCGUUAGAUCUGUCAAUGAGACAGUCUGGACAGUUCCGAGCCUUCUAUUUCAAUUUUGUCUGUAUUGUUCAGGCAGGAAGCACACAAUGUACACACAACUUGGACCGAGCACUAUCAUCACCACUAUGUCAAUUGUUGCACACAGCCCAGUUCACAUAAAGGGAUUCUCCAAGCCCCAUGUCCACUUCAGUGUUUUGAAGUGGUCAUGGUGCAAGGACCCUGUAUAUGCAGUGUGAAAUCAUUUACCUACUUCAAUAUUUUAACGUUGCUGCUACAGGUGUAAUUCAACCGCCGGCAGCGUCAUUAGCAGGCCCAGAAUGGGAGCCACAGAGUGUUCUUUUAACUCUUCCGUUCAUUAGAGCUUCACAUCCUCCAUCCAUUUUCAAAUCUGUUAGACUGUAGCAAAAAAUAAUAUAUAGAGUAAAGUGAGCUGAACAAUAAGAACAUAAUAAAUACAGCACUGCUGGGAGUAUGCACGCAUUCUGAAGGGCAAACACUAAGUCCAGCUGACAGUGCUCGCCUUAAUUUUUAAAUCAAUACGUAGGAUCAAAGUUAAACCAACGUAUGAAAGUAAAUGGGUCAUAAAUCCCUUAGGAAUGUAGGAUAAUCCACCCGCCAGGCCUGGAGGGUGCACAUGGCAGACUAUCUAUCCAGAUGCACAGGCGAUAAUCCCACUGAGGUGCAUGCAGCCCACUGGGCAUGAAACUACCAACAUAUCUGAGAAUCAGGAGACUAGCGGGAGGAGGGGGGGAGAGGGGUUAUCAGCCACAGGUACUAUUAUACCAGGGAAUGCAAAGAGGGCAGAGAUAAAGAGUGAAUUAGAGAUAAAAUGUAAAUUGUCUGGAACUCAGAAUGAAUUUGUAAUUUUAGACCCAAAUAGCUGAACUGAGAACACAGUUGACUUGGAGAUUUUUUUUUUCUUCAAUCCAGCUGUUUUGGUCCAAAAUGUUAAAUUUUAUUUUGAAUUUCACACACUUUACAGUUUAGUAAAUAACCCUAGAAUAUGUCUAAAAAAAUGUGCAGAAAGUCCAACUAAUACAUAGCACAUCAUUUCAAUAACUUUACUAAACAUUAUGGUUUAAAAGAGUAUCUUCUAUUCAGUUCCCAAAUCUGGACUGAAUUUUUCAAUAUAUAGAGCACAAAACAUAAAUUUCUAAUUUUUUACAGUUAAGGGACUCACAGGCUAACUGUACACAUAAGGUAAAUGUAUAUAUGGCUAGAUGAGGCUAGAAUUAUAAGCCAGAGCAUCUGGUAAAAUUGACGGAACCAUUGACAGGAGCUAGCAGUACAAAUUAAAGGACCACUAUAGGCACCCAGACUUAAUGAAGUGGUCUGGGUGCCUGGUCCAGCUAGGGUUAACCCUUUUUUUUUUAUAAACAUAGCAGUUUCAGAGAAACUGCUAUGUUUAUAGUAGGGUUAAUUCAGCCUCUAGAGCCUCUAGUGGCUGUCUCAUUGUCAGCCGCUAGAGGCGCCUGCGUGCUUCUCACUGUGAAAAUCACAGUGAGAAGACGCCAGCGUCCAUAGGAAAGCAUUGUAAAUGCUUUCCUAUGAACUGUCUGAAUGCAUCAUGCGCAUUCAGCCGAUGACGUCGCUAUCAAGGAGGAGAUGAGGAGGAGAACCCCCCAGCCCGGCGCUGGAGAAAGGUAAGAUUUUAACCCCUUCCUCUCCCCUCAGCCCGGCGGGAGGGUGACCCUGAGGGUGCGGGCACCCUCAGGGCACUAUAGUGCCAGGAAAACAAGUAUGUUUUCCUGGCACUAUAGUGGUCCUUUAAAUUAAAAGCUAUCCUUAGUUUUCAAACAAGGGGGGUAAAACACAAACGUUGAUGUCAUUUGUAUUUCAAAGGGCUCCUAAUAAUCUCAGGGUUUUAUAGAUUCAUAUCUGAGCUAUAAACACAUGAUUUUAUUCACUUGGCAGGUUGGUUGUUAUAAACAUUGAUUUCUGAGCAUUUUUUAAGCUGGACCACUCAAUGCUUUUGACCCAUUGUACUUUCAUUGCAUCUUUAAAAAAAUAAAAAAAGCAAGAAUAUGUCAAGGAACACUACAGGGUGAGGAACACAAACAUGUUACAAGCAGCAUCUGCCCCCCACUCCUCCUAAAUAUAGUAAAAUCUUACUUUUAUUCCAGUUUGCUGCUGCUGGCUCUGUCCCUGGCCUGCCUGUUUGGCUGACAUCAUCAGAAGUGGUGUUCUGAGCCAAUCACAAUGAUGUCAAGGAGACUGUCAAGGAGGCAGAUCAGGAGCAGAGCUAGCACAAGCCAAACACAGCCCUGGCCAAUCAGCAUCUUCUCAUAGAGAUGUAUUGAAUCAAUGCAUCUCUAUGGGUAAAGUUCAGUGUCUCCAUGCAGAGAGUGGAGACACUGAAUGUCAGUGCUGCACAAUGUUCAGCACUGACCCAGGAAGCCCAUCUAGCAGCCAUUCGAGGAGUGGCCAGUGGAGGUAUCCAUAGGCUGUAAUGUAAACACUGCAUUUUCUCUGAAAAGACAGUGUUUACAGCAAAAAGCCUGAAGGGAAUUAUUCUACUCACCAGAACAAAUUCAAUAAGCUGUAGUUGUGGUGACUAUAGUGUCCCUUCAAUUCCAUCACCCUUGAAGCUAUGAUUAUCACAAGAAAGGUGAGUACCUAGUACUCAAAAAUAACUAAGCACACAAAUAUUGUUGGGAGCAGUCUAAUAUACACAAAUAUUUUAGGAUUUCAGUCUUGCUCUUAUUGCGAGCCCAGGAACUUAUAACCUAUAUGAUAAUGCAGUACAACAAGUACAUAGGGUAUUAUUCUUUGUGUUUCAGAACUUCUCAAAUAUCUUUUGCCAUCGGUAUUUGAUUACUGAAAACACUAAAAAGACUGAGCAGGAAGUUGCAAUCUGCUCUCCCCUAGGUCUGCUUAUGAGUUGCAGGUUGAUACGGAACACAUUUUCUUGUUUAACUCAGUGCACAAAAGCCGCUGUGUGUCUGUCCAUUAUUGUGUUUUUUUAAUUCUGUCCUUAGUUUUCAUGCCAGGCAAAAUAUAAAGGUUCAAUGAGCAGAAAGUCUAUAACUCAUGGUUGAAGUAGCCAAAAAACGAGGAGUAAAAGAUAUGUGAGCUAGUUUGCUGUGAAUUAUAGGCCGGACUGGCAUGACGAGAGGAAAUCAUAUGCCAGAUCUGGUAUGCAUGAUCAAAUGAUUGAAACAAGGUUUUUUUUUAAAUUCUAUUCCCUCUUUAAAUGAUAUAGCAGUUCAGUAUAGUUUGUGUAAAGCUUACAGAAUGUCCCUUACCUUCGAAAAUACUAUUAGCUAGUUAUAAUCAACUAGUUGUUUGAGUAAAUUGAAAAGUUACUUGUGUGCAUCAUCUGUGUAUCUCAAGUAGACCCAUGGAAAAAGUCUGCCUCCGUCACAUCAAUUACAAACAAAAAUCAUGUUUCUUCAGUGUUCCCAGAAUUCCCAGCUCAACAUGCAAAUGAGCAUAGACAGGCACCAUGGUUUAGAGUUUAACCUGCAUUUUUGAAUGGCCCUUAGCAAUGGACAUCGUUUUAAACCCAGGCAUAGAUUGUGAGUAAAAAGGACCAAACAACCAGAAACCAACCACAGACUGUAUAGAUUCGAGCUUUUUGGUCUCCUGAGCAUGGUGUCAAUUCUGGUCUACCAGUUGAAGUUCUUCUAACAGCAUGUACCCAUGUACUAAAUAAAUUAUUUCAGCAGGCAGGUUAUGUUUUCAAAUGCCAUCCUGCACCGAAAGGGUGUAUAAUUACAAAACUAUUUUUUUGUAUGGAUUAAUAAUAAGGUAUUUUUACUUUUGGUCUACUUUCCAUUGGUGGUGGCAUCGUUAGUGUUCCCCUUCCGAGGCAUGCAUUUUAUCUCCCUCUAAGAUAAAGAAACCCUAUCACUUGCACUAAUUUAAAAAUAAAUAAAUACAUACCAAUAUUGGUUGAAUCACAUUCCGAGGCAGUGGCCACUAUUUAAAGGAGUUGUCCUGAAUUCAGUUCCUUUUCCAUGCUGGGAGAGGAGCCGUGGAGAGCAUUUCCUAGCUAGCAUAUAUAUAUAUAGAGUAAGAAAUGAAUGAAUAAAUUAAAGACAGCAAAAAGAAACAUCCCCUGCCACCCAAUAGUGUGACUACUAUUAAUUCAACCCCCUCCUCUCUCAUAUACUGAGAGAGCAGCUGUGACUAAAGAGAAACAGAUAAGAAGUAGUGAAGAGAACAGCAUCCUGUGAUGGUGGGCUUCCACUAAGGAAUUACUCAUGUUCUACUACCCUUCCAAGAUCCAUAUGCAGAAUGGCCUGGCACUGCCAAGUCACGGCUGUGUUCCUUGCUUCCAAGUCCCAAACAUGUUAUUUGCCCAGUCCAAGUUCUACUCCUUUUCCAGACUCAGUCCAUGCAUGUCCUUGCUGAACCUAUCAUAACUUAUCAUUUCCAGUUCCAGCACAGUAUCACGUGUAAUGCAUGGUGAGUUACAACAUUUAGGCCCAAACUGCUGAGCUAAAUUAGCUCUACAGUUCAACCAAGCUGGUGAUUUUGUCCAACACUGCUAUUUUUGCCUAAAGUUUGCAUAUUGGUCCUCACGCCUGCCUUUUUAGUGAAUAAACUUAUAUCUUGUCAACUGUCCUCUCAACUUAAUAUUCAUUUCCUGUGUUUCCUUGCCAGGAUGGAUGAAAAUUACAACCUUCUUCCACAUGGGGUGAAUUUUCAGGAUGCCAUUUUCUCAGACACUCCAGAAAACCACCGCAUGUUUGCCAGUCUUUUCCAGUUCUCAAACUGUUCCAUCGGAGUUGAUCCCCAAAUCUACACUCCGGACUGGGAAAUUCAAGAAGACCACAGGGUAAGACAGAACAGUGGUGCUGGUUUUUUGUUUACCCACCUCCUGCUGAAUGUCCCUUUAAAUGCAAAUGUUAAACAUAUGCUUAAAGGAUCAGUGUAGGCACCAUAACCACUACAUUGUGAUGUAGUGUUUAUGGUACCUAGCAUAACCCUAUAAUGUUACAAUUGGUUUGACAAAAUUUACUCUUAUGUUAGUUGUAAGAUUUUAUCCAACCACUCACAAAUUGCUUAUGAUCGUGUGCACAAAAACUUUAGGCUUUUCUUAGAGAUUAUUCAAAUCUUGUUCUGUUUUAUAUUUUUAGUAAAGGGGACUUGUCCUAGGUGGUGUUACCCAUGGUUCUAUCAGGGUCAUUCACUGAAGUAUGAAUUGUUCUGAAAGUUAAAGUGUAUUUAAAUUCAGGAUCAUUCACUAAGUUCCAGAUAACUUUCUUUAAAAAAAAUAGGGGCAAAUAAAAAAAAAAUCCAAAAACAUGGUUAACAAAAAGUUACGACUAAAGCUUAGUUGGAGAAUGUGACAAACUCCUGUGCCACAGACUUUUGGUGAAGCUUGAAGGCCAGCCUCCUACCCACAGACUAUGGGCCUGGUCUCAGAGCCCCUACAAAGGGGUUAGGGGCAGAGCCUGACCGGGAUGCUGAGCAGACAUGCUUUCUGUGGACCGGUGGCGGUUAUCCCGAUCCCAACCAGCAUGUCUCACAAACCAAUCUGGAUUACAAACGAAAGCAACAGCCUGAAACAAGCAUCAACCGAGCAAACUGCCGCUAGUAAAAUGGCGGCUGCGGACCAUGCGACUGAACUCGCACCCUCCCGGCCCCUCCAUGAGCGCCUGGAGGCCCUGCUCCGACAAUUCUGGGCACAAUUGGAGCACAGGGAAGCCCAGCAAAACCCCACUCACCACAAGGUGGAGGAACUGGCUGAAGUCGUAGGGUGGAUGGAGCGGAUCCCGGGCAAAGCCGCCUUACCUCGAAGGGUGAUAUGCCCAUCCAGACUGGGGGUUACUAGGAGACUUCCUCUAAAACACCAACCACAUCGCGGGAAGGUCACCCGCCGCUGGCGGAGGACAAUUACCAGGACCUUCCACAGCGCCCACAAAGGGAAAGACCCGGCCCCAAGAGGUAACCGAGCCUGUGGCCACAUGGUGACGACCCCACGCACGGUCUGGAGCAGGGGAGAGACCCCCACCGCACGCGACCCCUCUCCUCACCCCAAGCUCUCCGGACGACCACCACCACAAUGCCUAGUAAGAGCCACGACCCUGCCGACCGGAGAAAGAAGACCUACGGACCAAGGGCAAGGGCCCCCCUCACAACCCGGAGCUACAGGGCCUCGGAAAUGCCGUGCUGCGACAUGCUGACAACAAAUCUACAACGCCUGCAGCUCAGCCUGACCGCCCGCAUGCCGGAUAGGGGUACACCAGAGCAGAGGAUGGACUGUUCACUGUGGCACGCACUGGGAAUUGGCUGAAAGCAGCAAUCAAAGCCCUUCCACGCACCCCUCCUGUUGCCAGGCAAACGGACUGAUGUAGGACAAACCUCAUGGGCACACUGGCCGUCCUUACCGAGCUAGUGACUUAUAUACUAGAUCACAGCCUGCUUAAUCUCACUCAAAUGAACCAUAGCAUAGCCUGUAUGAAAAUAACAGACAAUUGAAUAGUUACUAUGCCCUAGCUUGAAAUAACGGCCAGUAACAUGUAUUUAUACCUCUGAAUAUGUGUUUAUACCACUUACACUGUUGUAACCCUGCAUUAUAGAAAGGGGCAGUGUUUUACUUUGCUUCACUUUACUUGACGUUACUUUAUCAUUCUUAACCUGGCACACUACACUCGGGCCACACAUCUGUUCCCCCAAACGCACCCAGCUUGGUCUUAAGCAUGAUUAGUUAGGCAUGCAGUAAUAAACUACUGCCCUGCCACAUUUAUAACACACAAGCAUUGCUUCUCCUGACAUAUAACUGUUAUAAUCCACUUGAUAUUUUGCUUGUGGUUAUCUACUUUAUUAUAAAUAUGCUACUCUUGUUAGUAAUCUUAUCGAAUGCUUAAAUAAUAUAAAAUGAGGCAGUCCCUCAUAGGAGAUGUUGUACUGUGUUAACGUGACCCCAAGCUGUAUGAAAACCGUACAUCCCCUCUUCUUUAUUCUGUACCCCAUUUAACAAGUGCCUCAAGAAAAGAAAGACUGGCAAAAAAAAAAAAGAAAGGGGUUAUUGUCGAUGUGGUAGGUAUGGGGACCCCGGAGGCCUACUGUGCUUCCCAGCCAGACUUGAGGAUCUCUGGAGAUUGCCUGGAUUCAUUUAAACAUCAAAUGCCUGACCGGGAGAUACCCUGAAACAUCUGGAAGUCUUCUUCAGAUUGGGACUGUUCCAAGGUCCAGUUAAUUGUCAAGUGGGUACCGCUCGGUCCCUCAACUUCCAAAUAGAGUGCUAUUUGGAGGGGGUUUGGAGAGGCAAGAAAGCAUCAGAAGAUACCUGGGGUAGGGAUUGAGAGAACUUCCCUCCCCUUAAGUCCGGGAACCUAUUUUUUAAGACAGGGACUAAGCAGUCGCACACCUGGAACUUGUCACAUCGACAGACCCUGUAAAAGUUUAACACUCUAAUUCUGGCUCAGAUUCUCCAUGAGGGAGUUAAUUGGACAGUGAGGGCAAGCUUUGCAGGGAUAUAUACUGUUCUGGGGGUAUGGUCAAGGAAAAGAGAGUUUGAGGCGGACAUUUUGUGUGCUAUGCCUCUAGGGCUAUGAGGGCACAGCAGGGAGCCUUUUGCAUUAGCUGGGGACACUGUUAUUAGGUCCCCAGACAGAGUGGCGCCAAGGAGAGAAAAUGGACUGUACAUUGCUUUGUAUGGAGCACCCUCUGCAGAGAGAGCCAACAUUGCUGUGUAUAAAUACCUGCCUGAUGUGCAAUAAAAUAGUUCUACACCCUGUAUUCGUCUAAUGUGUGGGUGAAAACUAUAGUCUCUGCUUUACAGGAGAGAAGUUCUCACUGCAGCCUGGUCUAGUGGAAGAGGUCCUCAGAGUCCCCAGUCAAGUUUGGACGACUGGGUCUGAAGUGCUCCAAAAGCCUUUGGUAGCAGCUAGGAAGCUGACAUGGCGAAGGUACUCGGGAGCUCUGUCAAAGAGUACUUCUCCAAAAUCGACUAUUUUGUGUACAUUUGUACAAACAUACUAAAGUAGCAAACAAAUAAAUAUGCACUCAAAUCCCAACUAUGAUAUUGCUUUUAUUAGAUCAUCAAUGUGUACAUUUUGAAACCAAAGGCCCUGUAAAACAAUUCCAAACUAGUUCCCACAAAUAUUCUCUUCUAUUUCUUUGUAGCUUUCUCAAAACCAGGGUUAGAUCUGAUGCACCAAAUUGUAUUUUAAUUUCCCUUUCUCCCAUAUUUUAUUGCAGUUGCUUUGUAGCACAGUACAGAAAGCCCUUCUGGAGGAAGAAGAACGUGUGAAGAACCUAUCUCAAAAAGUGCGGAUCCUGGAGAAAGCUAAUGGACAUCUGAGAGAAAAAGUGAAGAACCUCAAACGCUCUUUGCGUCAGGCUAGCAUGGAGAAUAAGAAAGAGGCCAAGAAACUGGAGAAACUGGAGAAAGAGAAAAGUAUUGCCCAAGGUGCAUCAAAGCUGGACAACCACAAGAAGGUUCAAGCUAGACCAGCCAAUAAACAGACAGGAAACAAACUGGAUUAGGCUUUGAUUAUGGAUCACCAUAGAUGGAACAAGGCUAGUUUUAAAGGCUUGUAAAAAGAUCAGAAUUGCUUAUCCCAGUUUUCCAGUUCCAAAUGGAUCUGUUCAUAAAAUAUAUAGUUGUUACAUGUAAAUAAUUGGGUUUAUUCACUAAUCUGGGAAUUGUGAAGAGAUUCUUUGAAGACCAAAAUAGCCAAAUUAGAAAAAUCCUCCAUGUCUGCUAUUUUUCCAGCUUGACUCUUUUGGCCCAAUAUUCUCCUAGUCAAUUCUCCACGAUUUCUGUUUUAGUUUAAAAAAAAAUCCUUUUAUAUAACAGGGUAGUUUUAUACUUACAUUUUUUGUAUUUAAUGUGCUUUUUAGGUAGUUUUCUUUUGAGCCACUUUCAUGUUACCAUGUGACACAUGUUUUUUAUCUUGCUGUGGUACUGUUCUAUGGAUGUUUCUUUUCAGGAGUACAAUAGAUCGUCAGGCGAUACAUACAGCAACAACUUUUUUUAGGCGCAUAUACUGUUUAAAACAAAUUAGUAACAUAAGAUAAUGCAUGAUUUCAAUGUUUUUAACAGAGAAAAACAGGAGUUUUUUUUUUUUUUUUUUUAAGAAUCUCAAUUUUACCCAAACAGACUAUUAUAUUAUAUUGGUCUAAAAGAUAUGUUACUAUAUUUAAAGGACAGUAUUACAAAUGUCAGUGCAUGCUAAGGUUAUGCAACAGUAGUGUUCUAUAAAAAGAAAAAAAAUACAGUGCAUUUUGUUUUCCUAUUACUAUGCACUUCUUUUCUACUCACAUGUUAAGUGACUUGUGCUUACGUCUCUGUAAAAAAAUACCAUUAAAAUAUUU